AUGGCUCCCGGGAGCUUGGCCUCCAGUGACAGCCUGAUUUCCUCGGCCUCGCUGACCUCCAAGACCUCCUCCUCCGGGUGGCCUGGGACCCUAAAGCCCGGCCCGCGCCCACAUGCCGCCCCCCCACCUCGCCGCAACCCCCCGAUGCUGCGCAUGGUGCUGGAGGCGCUGCAGGCGGGCGAGCAGCGCCAGGGCACCUCGGUGAUGGCCAUCAAGGUGUACAUCCUGCAGAAGUACCCGACGGUGGACGCCAUCCGGCUCAAGUUCCUGCUGAAGCGGGCCCUGGACACCGGCAUGCAGCGUGGCCUCCUCAGCAGGCCCAUCAACUCCAGGGCCCGGGGGGCCACCGGCAGCUUCAAAUUAGUCCCCAAGCAGAAGAAGAAAACCCAGCACAGGAAGACAGCCACCGUGGCGGCCCCCCGGAGGCCCAGGGAGGCCAAGGAGGAGGCCCCCAAGAGAGAUGGCCAGGCCAAGGGUGAAGAGGCGAGAGGGGGCAAGACGGCCAGGAAGGCCCCCCAGCAGGCAGACAAGGUCCCGAAGGCCCCUCCCGGUGCCAGCGGGCCCUACGGGAAGUUAAAGGUCAAAGGCAAGAAGGACAGCUCAGCAGAUGCCAAGGCCCACAGGAACGCCAAAGCUGGGACUCAGAGUUCAAAGCCCACAGUCCCCAAGAGUGAAAACGGAGUGGCCGCCCCGGCCAAAAAGAAGACGGGGAACAAGGCCCUUAAAGAGGCCGCUGCCCAGGGCGCCAGGAAAGGGCCGAAAGCCAAAGCUGCCGCCGCUGCUGCUGCCACCGCAGCAGCUCCUAAGGACGGCGAGCCCAAGGCGGGCCCGGGACCGCCCAAGAGGAAGACGGAGGCCCCCCGGGGCCCCCGGAGGCCUGGCCCGCCCACCGAGGAGACCGGAGUGAAGGCCGAGGCCAGGAGCUAG